AUGAAUUCUUACCCGCGCUCGGAAGACGCAAAGUCUUCCGAGUUCCCUAGCCCAGAGAGAAAAAGUCUCGACACCCUGAAUGUCCCACACACGAUUGUGCGGGAAGCCUCAAGUGCGGAAACCCUGGCUGUUCCUCAUACAAACAACACCUCGACCCCGGGCAAAGAUGCCGAAUGGAGCAUGACCCCGCAAGUCAUCCGAAACCAGGAGCGUGAGGUUGCAGCUGGCUUCAAGAGGCGAGAGCUAGGUGUGACCUGGGAGAACCUCAGCGUGGAGGUUCCUGCGGCAGAAGCCUCAGUCAACGAGAACUUGUUUUCCCAGUUUAACGUGCCCCAACGGAUCCGAGGCAUUGGCCGAAAACCGCCUUUGAAGUCAAUCUUGACGGAAAGCCACGGCUGUGUCAAACCGGGUGAGAUGCUCCUCGUCUUGGGCCGCCCGGGCUCGGGAUGCACGACUUUACUAAAUCUUCUCUCCAAUCGCCGCCUUGGCUACCACACCAUUAAGGGCAACGUGUGGUUUGGAGACAUGACCCAUGAAGAAGCGGCUCAAUAUCGAAGCCACAUCGUCAUGAACACCGAAGAGGAGCUAUUCUACCCCCGGCUAACCGUUGGCCAGACCAUGGACUUUGCCACUCGACUCAAAGUUCCCUCUCACCUCCCAGAAGGUGCCAAGUCCGUGAACGAAUAUACUGCUGAAACGAAGAGGUUUCUCCUGGAGUCGAUGGGCAUUUCACAUACAGCCGACACUAAGGUGGGGAACGAGUUUGUGCGGGGGGUGUCAGGAGGAGAAAGAAAGCGAGUAUCAAUCAUCGAAUGCCUGGCAACAAGGGGCUCGGUCUUUUCCUGGGAUAAUAGUACUCGUGGUCUUGAUGCCAGUACGGCGUUGGAGUGGGCUAAAGCUUUACGAGCAAUGACCAACGUUCUCGGGCUUACCACGAUUGUGACCCUGUAUCAGGCAGGGAACGGAAUUUACAACCUCUUCGACAAGGUUCUGGUCUUGGACGAGGGGAAGCAGAUUUUCUAUGGACCCGCAGCUGCAGCAAAGCCAUUCAUGGAGAACCUGGGGUUCGUCUAUACAGAUGGAGCUAAUAUCGGCGAUUUUCUGACCGGUGUGACCGUUCCUACUGAGAGAAAGAUUAGACCAGGCUAUGAAAGUAGGUUUCCUAGGAAUGCCGAUGCUAUUAUGGCGGAGUACAGAAAAUCAGCCAUCUACAGCAACAUGGUAACAGCAUAUGAUUAUCCGACAACCGCGCUUGCUCAUGAACGGACGAGUGCAUUCAAGGAGUCUGUUGCCUUUGAGAAGACUACCCAUCAGCCCAAAAAUAGUCCGUUCACCACCAGCUUCUGGACGCAGGUCAUAGCAUGCACGCGGCGUCAAUACCAGAUCCUAUGGGGUGAGAAGUCUACAUUUUUGAUCAAACAGAUUCUGUCCCUGGUUAUGGCCUUGAUUGCCGGCUCCUGUUUCUAUAAAGCUCCGCAGACUUCCGCUGGUCUCUUUACCAAAGGAGGUGCCGUCUUUUUCGCGCUUUUGUAUAACACCAUCGUUGCCAUGUCUGAGGUCACGGAGUCCUUCAAAGGGCGACCAGUCCUUGUGAAGCAUAAAGCAUUUGCUUUCUAUCAUCCGGCCGCAUUCUGUUUAGCCCAGAUUAUGGCAGAUCUCCCGGUGCUGCUAUUCCAGUGCACGAUUUUUUCGGUCGUGAUUUAUUGGAUGGUUGGCUUAAAAGCUACGGCGGCAGCCUUCUUUACCUUCUGGAUCAUCCUAUUUAGCACAAUUUUGUGCAUCACCGCGCUAUUCAGGUGUAUCGGCGCGGGCUUCAGCACCUUUGAAGCCGCAUCGAAAAUUUCGGGAACCGCUAUCAAGGGAAUUGUCAUGUAUGCCGGAUACAUGAUUCCCAAGCCCAAGGUUAAGAACUGGUUCCUAGAGUUGUAUUACACCAACCCUAUGGCCUAUGCGUUUCAAGCUGCCCUGUCCAACGAAUUCCAUGACCAAUACAUCCCCUGUGUCGGCAAUAAUUUGGUCCCUCAUGGGCCUGGAUAUGAUGAUGUUGGUUCCGCCAACAAAGCGUGUACUGGUGUGGGUGGUAGUUUGCCAGGCGCAGACUACGUUACCGGUGAUCAGUAUCUCUCGUCGCUGCACUACAAGCAUUCUCAACUCUGGAGAAAUUUUGGCGUCGUAUGGGGGUGGUGGGGCUUUUUCGCCGUGCUCACGAUCAUCUGCACUACAUUUUGGAAAGCUGGUACCGGGGGAAGUGCUUCAUUGUUGAUCCCACGCGAGAAGCUCAAGCAGCAUCAGAACAGCAUGGACGAAGAGUCGCAAGUCAAUGAAAAAGGCCAAGCCAAAGCCGCCACUGGUGCCACUGCAGAGGUGGAUGGCAGUCUUUCCCGGAAUACUUCUGUGUUUACGUGGAAGAACCUGAAGUAUACCGUCAAAACCCCUUCAGGCGAUCGGGUCCUUUUGGAUAACAUCCACGGCUGGGUCAAACCGGGAAUGCUUGGGGCUUUGAUGGGCUCUUCAGGAGCCGGCAAGACGACCUUGCUUGAUGUUCUCGCGCAGCGCAAGACCGAGGGCACUAUUACUGGGUCUAUCAUGGUCGAUGGCCGGCCGCUACCCAUUUCGUUUCAAAGAAUGGCUGGAUACUGCGAGCAAUUGGAUGUUCAUGAACCCUAUGCUACGGUCCGGGAAGCCUUGGAAUUUUCUGCGCUGCUGCGUCAGCCCCGAACGACGCCUAAAGCAGAAAAGAUUCGGUAUGUUAACACCAUCAUCGAUCUGCUGGAGCUCCAUGAUCUGGCAGACACCCUCAUCGGCACGGUCGGCAAUGGCCUCAGCGUGGAGCAAAGGAAACGGGUCACCAUUGGAGUGGAACUUGUAUCCAAACCAAGCAUCUUGAUUUUCUUGGAUGAGCCUACCUCUGGCUUAGACGGACAGUCGGCCUAUAAUACAGUUCGAUUUCUCCGAAAGUUAGCCGACGUGGGCCAGGCCGUUCUCGUGACGAUUCAUCAACCCUCUGCCCAGUUAUUCGCGCAGUUUGAUACGCUCCUGCUUCUCGCACGAGGCGGUAAAACCGUGUACUUUGGCGAUAUUGGAGAUAACGGACACACCAUCAAGCAGUAUUUCGGCAAAUAUGGGGCACAAUGCCCGGUGGAGGCCAACCCAGCCGAGUUCAUGAUUGACGUGGUCACCGGAGGCAUUGAGAGCGUCAAAGACAAGGACUGGCACCAGGUCUGGCUCGAGUCGCCUGAACAUGAAAACAUGAUCACCGAGCUGGAUCGGCUGAUCUCCGAGUCUGCCUCCAAGCCCUCUGGUGUGAAUGACGAUGGAUGCGAGUUCUCGAUGCCGCUCUGGGAACAGACGAAGAUCGUUACCCAGCGAAUGAAUGUGGCUCUAUUCCGAAAUACGAACUACGUCAACAAUAAGUUCUCGUUGCAUAUCAUUUCUGCUCUGCUGAAUGGGUUCUCAUUUUGGAGGGUUGGUCCUAGUGUGACGGCCCUACAAUUGAAAAUGUUCACUAUUUUCAACUUCGUGUUCGUCGCACCCGGAGUAAUCAACCAGCUUCAACCUUUGUUUAUCCAGCGGCGCGAUAUCUACGAUGCUCGGGAGAAGAAGUCCAAGAUGUACUCCUGGAUCUCCUUUGUCAUCGGCCUGAUUGUGUCUGAAUUCCCCUAUCUCUGUGUAUGUGCAGUCUUGUACUUUGUCUGCUGGUACUACUGCGUACGCCUGCCUCAUGAUUCCAACAAGGCGGGCGCUACCUUCUUUAUCAUGCUCAUCUAUGAGUUCAUCUACACCGGCAUUGGCCAGUUCAUCGCAGCAUACGCACCCAAUCCGACGUUCGCAGCACUCGUGAACCCCAUGAUCAUCAGCAUCCUGGUCCUCUUCUGCGGCAUCUUCGUUCCAUACACCCAGCUCAACGUGUUUUGGAAAUACUGGCUCUACAACCUCAACCCAUUCAACUACGUCGUGGCCGGCAUGCUAACAUUCGACAUGUGGGACGCCCGCGUAACCUGCAACGAGAACGAGUUCGCCGUUUUCGACCCGACCAACGGCACUUGCGGCGACUACCUGAAGGACUACAUGUCAGGUCAGGGCUGGCGCGUGAACCUGACUAACCCGGAUGCCACCUCGAACUGCCGAGUGUGCGAGUACCGCCGAGGCAGCGAUUUCCUGUCCACGCUGAACAUCAACCAUUACUUUUACGGGUGGCGCGAUGCCGUUAUCUCGGUCGUUUUUGCGAUCAGCGGGUAUGCAUUGGUAUUUGGCUUGAUGAAGCUUCGGACGAAGGCUUCAAAAAAGGCGGAGUAG